UGACCCUUGAAAGAAAUACACAAUGGACCCCGAAUAUCGAAGCGAUGAUGAAACGCCCACAGCAACUAUGCCGGAAUCUUUGAGGGGCCCUACUGUAGCGGUCGCUUGGAUCGGCUUUUUGACCUGUAUCCUAGGCUUCGUUGCCUUUAUCGUCUCGCUUCUUUCCAUCACGCCUAUAAGGAAGAUGGCGCCCUAUAUCACAUACCCGCCAAAGGGAUAUGCGGUGGGAGGGACGCAAAUUGCUCUCUCGUUUCUUGGCUUGUGCACUGACGUGACCCGUAACCUCGGACAUCCCAAGGUCAUUACGGAUCUAUACCGGAACUUCACUCACGAAACUGCGAGGGGAGCAAAGAAGACUUUACUUGUCAAGUUCUUUCCGAUUCAGCUCGUCUUCUUUGGAGGAUGGCUGGCGACUGUUGUCAUUCAAGCAUCUUAUGUCCCGAUGCUGGGUAGGACUGAAUUGCGUGAAUGCUCCUGGGACCGCACCAAAUCGACAAUGUGCAAGAGCUCAAAUGGGAUAUGGGUGAUUGGGAUCCUAUUUUGUAUCCUUCAUUUUGUAUCCAUGGCUGUCAAGGCCGAGAUCUUUCGCCGGCUGGGGCACCCUGAAAGCGAGGCGCAAACGUCACUGCUCAUGAGAGUUCAAGGGGCCAGUCCUAGUGCAUAGAGCAAGAAAUCAGAUGUGAUCAGUCGUGAGCCUUCGCCGGAAGUUAUUGUUGGCGGGCCAUCCAAGAUAGAAUAGUUGUGUGGGCGGGGAUUUGAGAAUUUCCAUAUAGGCUACGAGUUAUGGUAGUGACUGGCGAUUGAAUAACGUCAAGAUAAGUCG